AUGUCUGCAAUUCACCCGACGCCGCAGCAGCCCGCUGUUGCCGCGCCUCCACAGCCGCGAGCACCCUCGCCCGCGCUCCCGACCUCGUCGUGCCACCGCGCCGCUCUCCUCAGCCCAGCAUCCGGUGCCUUCGCCGCCCAUCUCCGCUCACCGGACGUUGCGACCGCGAUCCCGACGACCGCGCUCCCGCCCUCGCCGACGCCGCGCCGUUGCAACACCUCUGCUCCACCCGCGACGCCGCCCAUCGAUCUCCGAGCUCCGCCGCGCCUCGGCACCGCCACCUCGCUGGUCCGCUCGCCUCCGCCACGCUGCGCCACCGGUCUCGCCGCUCCGUCCGCAUUUCAACCCGACGCCCGAAACUUGCACUGCUCCCGCGCCAACGCGACACCAGCCGCCUCCGCGACCCACUCGCCUCUGCCCAACACUCAGCCGCCGCCGCGCUGCUGUCCCUGCCGCGACCCGACGCCACCGGAGCCUCCCCUGCCGCUGCUCGCCGGAGUCCCUCGCCGGUAG